AUGUCGUGGAUAAGCUAUUUCUCCACCUGCUCUUGUCUAAGUGAUCGAAAGCAGUUCCCGACAUUUUUCAGAGUGGUUCCAAGUGAUGACUACCAGGUCAAAGCGAUUGCACAGCUUUUAAAGAGGUUUGACUGGACAUGGAUUGGUGUUGUGACUGAAGACCAUGAUUAUGGCAGAUUUGCUUUACAAGGCUUAAAGCGAGAAAUUGAAAAUACAAACAUUUGUUUGGCUUAUCAUGAAAUGAUUCCAAAAGACUAUACCCAGGAACGAGUCUUGAAGAUUCUUAAAGUAAUGAAGGAAUCAACAGCCAAGGUAGUUGUUGUUUUUUCAGUAGAAGGAGAGUUUUAUCCUGUUUUAAGAGAGUUUGUGGCUCAAAAUAUCACUGGAAUUCAGUGGAUUGCAAGUGAGGCUUGGGUUACAGCAUCAAUGUUAGCAGAGACAUAUUCAUUUUUAGAUGGCACAAUUGGCUUUGCAAUCCGUCAAGGACACGUCCCAGGUCUUCAGGAUUACAUCAGGACCGUCACUCCAGAAAAGUACCCUUCUAUUCCUCAGGUUCAGGAACUGUGGGAGGCUUUGUAUGGUUGUUCUCCAUCCACAUCCACCUUGAGCAGUCAUUUACCCUCAUGCACAGGAAAAGAAACUCUCAGAAAAGAAUACUCUGCCUACAUGAACACAUCCAGCCCUCGUGUGACCUACAAUGUUUACAAAGCGGUGUAUGCCUUUGCUCAUUCUCUUCAUAAUCUUAUUGAAUGUAGAAAUGGACAUGGGCCAUUUGAGAAUUUCUCAUGUGCGAACCUCAACAAUGUGUUUCCAUGGCAGCUGAAGCAUUACCUUGAGGAUGUUUCCUUCUCAAUAUCUGGACAAAAUGUUAACUUUGAUAAUAAAGGAGACUCAGUUCCAUAUUAUGAUUUAAUAAACUGGCAAAGAAGUGCAAGUGGAGAUAUGCAGUUUGUUAAAGUGGGCCUCUAUGAUGGUGCUCAGCAUUCUGGCAAAGAACUGGUGAUUGAGGAGCAGGCCAUUACAUGGUCUAACCAACAGACUAAGGCAAGGUCUGUGUGCAGUUAUAGGUGUGCACCAGGAUUUAGGACAGCUGCCCGUCGUGGGCAACCUUUGUGCUGCUUUGACUGUGUUCCAUGUGAAAGUGGCAAGAUCAGUAAUCAGACAGAUUCAGUAGAUUGCCUGCCAUGUCCUGAGGACUAUUGGUCAAAUGCAAAUGGUACAUCAUGUGUACCAAAAGUGAUUGAAUUUCUCUCCCAUGAUGCGAUGGGAAUGACCUUAACUGUCAUAGCUGUAAUAGGAGCCUUUCUGACCAUCACUGUGCUGGUGAUUUUUCUGUACAACAAAGGAACCCCUAUAGUCCGUGUGAAUAACUCUGAACUCAGUUUCUUCAUCUUGUUAUCACUGACUCUUUGUUUUCUGUGUGCUUUGAUAUUUAUCGGGGAACCCACAUCCUGGUCUUGUAUGCUUCGGCACACUGCAUUCAGCAUCACCUUCUCGCUUUGCAUCUCUUGCAUCUUGGGAAAGACUUUAGUGGUGCUGGCUGCUUUCACAGCGACCCGACCUGGAAACAAUAUAAUGAAAUGGUUGGGCCCUACACAGCAGAGAAUCAUCAUUUUCUGCUGCACUCUCGUUCAGGUGCUCAUAUGUACAGUCUGGCUUGUAGUAUCCCCACCAUUUCCCUAUAGAAACACUAAAUAUCAACAGUCCAAGAUCAUUCUGGAUUGCAGUGUGGGCUCUGAUCUGGCUUUUUGGUGUGUGCUGGGAUAUAUCGGUCUUUUAGCUUGUGUCUGCUUUUUUCUGGCUUUUCUGGCCCGGAAAUUACCAGGUAAUUUUAAUGAGGCCAAAUACAUCACCUUUAGCAUGAUUAUAUUUUGCGCAGUAUGGCUAGCUUUUGUACCUGCAUAUGUCAGCCAGCCUGGUAAGUUUACAACUGCUGUGGAGAUUUUUGCUAUACUAGCUUCUAGUUUUGGCCUGCUUCUUUGUUUAUUUGCCCCCAAAUGUUACAUUAUUUUAAUGAAGCCAGAGAAAAACACCAAGCAGCAUCUCAUGGGAAAAGUUAUAACAUGAUGAAUAAUAUAAAUAGCACAGUUUGUCUAUUAUGGUAUGCUAUGUUUAUUCUGAAGGGAUAUUUUUAACAUAAAAAUGUAAGAAAAAGAAAAGGUCUGUAUGCAUUCUUGUGCACCAAAACAACAUUUUAUACAUCUCAUAAUGCAAACACAAAUGUCCCUUCUUUCUAAGG